AUGUACCGCCCGGAGAGCGAUGCUGCCGAGCUGCAGCCCCUGCACGGCGCAGAGGACGAUGUUGCUCCGCGUGCCCAGCUGCGGUCGACGCGCCGCAUCGUCAAGGGGCUCGUGCUCGUCGCCGCGGCACUGUUUGCCGUAGGCAUCUGCUGGCCGACGAAGCCUGCCGCGGUGCCGCCCCUCGUCAAGGACCGCGCCGUGUACACCGCGCCGGCCGCGUUUCCCACGAGCGAGUUUCCGGCGAUGGACUACAUGCCCAAGGGGCAGGAGGGCGUGCCACGCCCGGUGAUCACCAAGGUGCGCGGCGGACGCUAUCCCGAUGCGCUCGUGAAUCCCACGCAGCUGCCUACUGCGGCGCCCACGAGCGAGGGCGUGCUGCCGCUGCCGAGCGCAGCGGUGCCCCAAAAGAAGCAAAACACCUUUCGCAAGGACGCGAUGGACAAGCUCACGAACCUCUUUACAAGCGGGCAGUCGAACUGCGACAAGUGCCUACACGCGCUGCAAUACGGCCAGGAAAUCGCUCGCGCGGCGCCGCACCUCGUGCCGGACAUGAUGGUCGAGCUGUGUGAGUCGUUCGAGUUUGCGCGCUCCUCGUCGUCCGUCGAGCGGGGGUGCAAAGGCACGUUUGGCCUCGCACAGUGGGGCGGUCCUUAUACGCAGAUGCUCAGCUAUGCGAACCUGAGCACGGGCUCGCCGACGGCCGCCUACCUCUGUGCCAAGUACAUCAAAGGGAAGCACUGCGCGAUGCCCCCGACGCCGGCCCUCUCGGACGCUUUUCUCCACGCAUGGUUUGGCGGGCAGCGCGAGGCGCCGGCAUCGGUCGCGACGCGCUCGAAAAAGACGGGUGCGCCGCGUGCGAAACCGCUGCGUACGCUGCACAUUUCCGACUUCCACGUCGAUCCACGCUACCUGGUAGGAUCCGAGAGCAACUGCGACAAUGGCCAAUGCUGCCGUGCGGAUUCGUACAACUCGACGCUGUGGAACCAGACGUCGUUUGCGCCAAACUCGAUUCCCAAGGCGAACCUCUCCGCCCCGGCAGGCUACUGGGGCAGCUACCACUGCGACGCGCCUUGGUCGCUGAUUGCGGCCGGCAUGCAAGGCAUCAGCGGCCUGAUUCAAUCCGACGGCCCGCUCGACCUCGGCGUCUUUACCGGCGAUCUCACGACGCACGACCAGCACGAGCACAUCUCGCGCGAUCUCGUGAUGUACUCGGAGCAGGCGCUCUUUGAUAUGUUGCACCGGCACAUGGGCAGCGCGCCGCUCGUUCCGGCGCUCGGCAACCACGACUACUCGCCGUCGGACUUUGCCGCGAUGCCGGGUCUGCCGGACGGCCGCUCCGACCAGCUCAGCUGGAACUAUGAGAACGUCGCGGCACUCGUCAAGGCGAAUGGAUGGGGAAACGACUCGGCGGCCGAGGCGAUCCGCAAGCACUAUGGCGGCUACUCGGUGAGCCCGCGGCAGGGAUUGCGCGUCAUUUCGCUCAAUUCCGACUUUUGGUACAAGAGCAACCCGAUGGCGUAUCUGCACGCAGAAGACCCCGACGUCGGCGGCAUGCUCCGCUGGCUCACCGACGAGCUGCAGGCAGCCGAGAACCAGAACGAGCGUGCGUGGAUCGUUGCCCAUGUGCUCUCGGGCUGGGACGGCAGCAACGGCCUGGAGGCGCCGACGAACCUCUUUUACCAAAUCGUGUCGCGGUACGAGCACACGAUCGCCCACAUCUUUUUCGGACAUACCCACGAGGACCAAUUCCAGCUCUUUUACCGCGGAACCAACGGUGACUCGUCCAAGGCGAGCCGCAAGACAAAGGAUGCCAACGCGUUUGCGUUCAUCGGCCCGUCGCUCACACCGCUCAACAAUGUGCAGCCCGCGCUGCGCAUCUACGAGGUGGACCCCGAGACGUACGAGGUGAUGGACUACCUCCAGUACUACUCGCCGGUCGACGAAUUUCCCCACGGCGUCAAGCACGGGCCGGUGUGGCGCCUCUUGUACAAGGCCCGCGAGACCUAUCAGGACUUUUCGGUGUCGGUGCGCACCAAGAAGUACGCGGCACCGGUCGCGCUCGAAAGUGGCCUGUGGCCACGCGAUGCGCCGCUCAACGCGUCUUUCUGGGCGGCGGUGACCGACGAGAUGGAACAGCGCCCAUCGCUCCUCGAGCUCCACCACCUGUACCAGAGCCGCAAGAGCCCCAAGUCGCCCAAGUGCGGCACGGCGGCGUGCCACCAGGCCAAGCUGUGCUACAUGCGCUCGGGCUCGGGCUCGCUCGGCCGCCAGUGCCCAAAGGGAUACUCGUCCGUACAAAAAGAUAGCUAA